UCCCUUUCUGUCAGCCCGCCAGGCUUGUCCACAUGCCAAUGCACUAUCUACAGUGUGUCACUUAUCUUCAGACAGAGAAACAGAGGAUCCAUAAAUGUCUUCAGUUCAAACUGUACUCUCCUGGAAUAAUGAUGUCCUGAUGCUCAAAGAAGUGCCUUUGAAUAUUAAGGGCACGUCAACACUGGAAUAAAUCUUUUGUCAUUCACUGAGCACAACUCAGAUGACCUGAGCAGUAUAGAUGUCACCUGCUCUGACAUACUGAAGGCUGACUUUUGCAGACUUCCUUACAUCACCACGAUGGACACAGUUACUCACCAAAGGAGACCAAUAACUCGAUCCUGCAGUUUUGGGGACACACUGACCAGAAGCCCCACCUUCCACACAUUAACCCAGACCACAGACAAACACCGGGGUGAGGAGGCGUCACCACGACAACGACGUAAAACCGUUGCAUCAUAUAUACCUCAGAGUAAGGAUCAGAAUGGAAACUUCGCUGAGAAGAACAUAAACGGACAGAUAUCCAAAUCUCUCAAGGAGCUGAACAUAGAUGAAGUCUGCCAGUGGUUCACUAGUAUUGGGCUACAGAAAUGUCUUCCUUUCAUCAGAGAGGCAAAACUCCGUGGGGAGGACAUUGCUGCUGUAGAUGUGAACACCCUGGACACGCUCCAUAUCACCACAUUGGAAGAUAGAGAGCAGCUACUGUCAGCCAUCUAUAAUGAACUGCACCCUGCCAGCACCAUCACCCAGAGACUCGACACUCUGCUCGAAUCCUUAGGGCCUAAUAACGUCGAGACAUUCACAACUACAUUACUGUCAAUGAGCAAGUCGAAGUCCUCUCCUCAUGUGGGCUGCCUAAGCAUGAAUCAGCGUUCUCUCAAGCUGAGAAACAACAGCCAAAACUCCAUGGCACAGAGGAAUUCUCAUCUCAUAGAGAUUACAAUUAAUGCGUCACAGCGGAUAGUUCAUCUAAGAACCCCGAAGGAAACCACAGUGGGAAAGAUAAUGGAUUCAUGUAUGAAGAUGCUGGGGAUGACAGAGGAUACAAGUCUGUUUACACUGAAAGACAAGGAAGAUUCAUCAGAUGCGCUUUCACUAGAUCAGCAGAUUGGGAGUCUGCUGACAUCCUCAUCAGAUAACAGGCAACUGGAGCUGCACUUUUGUAAAACGGAUAAACCAUCAGCCUCCCAAAACAAUGCAGCGGUCAACAGCUUGAAUGAUAAUAAUGAUGUCAACAAAAACGUCCAGGUACAUCAGCCAGCUAAAGACGGGAGGAUCAGGGAGCUAAACCAACAGGUGGAUUCACUACAAAAUGUCAUUCUGCAGGUACAGGAGCUCCACCACGGCCUAGUAGCAUUCUGCUCUGAGUUAAAGAACAUGAAUGGAGAGCUGGAUGUAGAAAGACUUGGAUCUGUCGCGCUGAAACAGAGGCUGGAAAUGGUCGAAAGGCGAAUGAAUGACAAGAAGCAGAGUCUGCAGACUCUCAGGGACAACAUUAACAAUCCUGCUGCUUUCAAGAGGAAACAGUUGGAGGUUCGUCUUUUGGAAAAAAUUAAGCUGAACUGCGAGGUGUUUAAAGAAGAAAUUUCCCUGGUACAUCUCAGCCGACAGCUGGCUCAACUCCAAAAUGCUCUAGAGGAAAGUUAUAUUAAGGAAAAAAAAACAAAAAAUGGUUCAGCCAUAAGCAGCCUGAGCCAGCUGGUGUCACCACAAUCACCCACUAUGCUGCUGGUGGUCCAGGAGAACCAGGGGCCUGAGGGCUGCUAUGGCUUUACAUGUCACUACAGAGAAGGCAGUGGCCUCGUGGUGGUCCAGGCAGACCACUGUCACCUCUGUGUGGAUGACAGGCUGGUGGAGGUCAAUGGCGUACCAGUGGUCAACUCUACAAUAGAGGAGCUGACUGAUCUCCUCCUGCAGGGACCCAGCGCUCAGAUAGUCGUCCUCCGUCAGCCCCCACCCACUCUCACCUCCCAGCCACCCCUCCUGUUCCAGCAGCAGGCAGUUAACCCUGAUCCCAUGCAAACAGUCUGCUCUGAGAGGGAUGUGGUCACCAUGGAUACCGCUCCUCGGCGGAAGGUGAUGGCCAUCUGAAAAAUGAGAGGAACGGAUAAAAACAGAGGAUGUGGUGUGAAAGUAGUGCUAAGUGCUUUUGAUUUUAUAAAUUGCUGCUGACCUGUAGAGUGACCCAUAUGCCGUGUCAUUUUUUUCAUCUCCAUAUUUGAGCACCAAAAUGUUCAUAGAUAUCAUAGACAACUAUAGUUUGUAAUUUUACGUGGCAAAAUGUGUUAUUGUGAGUUCCUUGAGUCCUGUUUAUUCUACCUGUUGCUUCAUACUGUCAGUUUUGAUAAUUAUAACAAUAUACCCAAUGAAGACUUUUCAUAGUAAAACCUACAGACUGAAAAUGACACAAUCAUGCCCUGUUUACUGUGUAUUUAAGCUUUCUUUAUGUAGAUUAGACACUAUCACAAACUUGUUCAAUGUUCAAAGCAAAGUUCUUCAAAAUGAGUCAUGUCUCCCAUUUGUAUGUUGUAAUGUAAUCUACAGUGCUGUAGGAAUAAACCCAUGGGCCCGGAAAUGC